UUUACAGUGUGUGUUUGAUGCCUCGCCAUCGAAGUUAAAGGGAGUGACAAAUUUAUCCUAGAUUGUGAGUGCGAUGCUUACAGCUUGACGUAAAUGAAAUACGAACAUUACAGCAAUGUUAGAUGAUAUAUGAGCAGCUCUACGCACGUGUUCUGGACCCCUGUAUCGCUCGUCUGCUGGAGGUGAAUUACCAAGAGUUGAAACUUGCUCAUGUUGACGGAAGUUAUGACGGAGGUGGAGAAGAUGGACCUGCGGUUGCCUGCUCGUGGCCCCGCCGCUACCAAAUGCCGGAUCCUGUACGACAUUCCCUGCAAGGUGUGUCAGGACCACUCCUCCGGCAAGCACUACGGCAUCUUCGCCUGCGACGGCUGUGCUGGCUUCUUUAAGAGGUCGAUCCGGCGCCAGAGGCAGUACGUGUGCAAGAGCAAGGUGGAGGGCGGGUGUGUGGUGGACAAGACCCACCGCAACCAGUGCCGGGCCUGCAGACUCACCAAGUGCAUCCAGGCCGGCAUGAACAAGGAUGCCGUACAGCACGAGCGGGGGCCCAGGAACUCCACCUUGCGGCGGCAAAUGUCCCUCUACUUCAAGGACCCAAGCCCGGAGUCGCCUCCCCAGCGCCAACGGAGUCCCACCCCGCCGGAGCCAAGCCACCCCCGGUCCCCCGUCACCCAAGUGCCAACCGUUGCCGUCAGUGCCGCCCUGGCCCUGCCCUUCCACCAUCCUCCACCUGUGCCAUCGGCUCUCGAUCUGAAAAUGUCCUUUCCGCCUCGCCACCUGCCUACGACGGCCGCCAGCAGCGCCGCCCACUUGGAACUGCACCGGCCGCCGCCGGCGGAGCUGACAGCCCUCACCCUGGACCGUGUUCACGCCCUCACCACCAGAGCCAACACUCUACUGGCUCCCACACCCAAGUACCCACACGAGCUGGCGUUCCCGCUCAUGACGGCGAGGGACACCGUGUGUGAGACCGCCGCCCGCCUCCUCUUCAUGAACGUCCGCUGGGCCAAGCAACUGCCUGCCUACACGGCCUUGCCCUUCAGAGACCAGUUAUUGCUCUUGGAGGAAGGCUGGAGAGAGCUGUUCGUGCUCUCCGCCGCCCAGUUCUUGUUGCCCGUGGAGGCCGGACCUCUCCUGGCCUCCUGCGGCCUCGGCAGCGACACCUCCGAACGCCUCCUUCCCAUACUCCAGGACAUCAAGCUCUUCCAAGACAUUCUCACCAAGUUCAAGACCAUGUGUGUGGAUCCCACAGAGUACGCUUGCCUCAAGGCCAUCGUCCUCUUUAAGACAGUGUGGGAGAGUGGCGGGGUGGAGGUGAAGGUGCUCCGCGACCUGCCGGCCGUCACCGCCCUCCAGGACCAGGCUCAGCUCACUCUCAACAAGUACAUCACCUCCGCCUACCCUACACAGCCCUUCAGGUUCGGGAAGCUGCUGCUGCUCCUGCCGUCGCUGCGGGCCGUCGGCUGCCGCACCAUCGAGGAGCUCUUCUUCAGGAGAACUAUCGGGGCCAUUCCCAUCGAGCGAAUAAUUUGCGAUAUGUACAAAACGGCAGACUUUUGAUAAAUUGAUGGAAACCAAAAAAAUCUAUGUGAUGCAUAUAGGUAUUUAAUUGAAAUAUGCUCAGAAAAUCGCAGAACAUAUAUAUCCACCGAGUGAAAAAUAGCAAACCAGUGAACGAAGUUACACUAGGAAAGUCUCCCCCCUAACCCUAAUCCGUGGUAUUUCUCACCGUGAUUGUGCCUUGCCAAAUACAGCCUAAUGUGAGAAUUUUUGCAAUCAAAAUCAUUGUUAAGUUUCCCUACCAGUGAUAAUAUCUUUAGAUAAUAUAGAUACUUUAACGAAUGGCGGUCGUAGAUUGUAUGUAUACUGAAAUCAAGCGCAGUGAUCAAUGUGUUAAUUCAGCAAUAUUUAUACCGUGCUGCCCACCUCACAGUGUGGGCGCAGCACGUAGCCCACCUCAACAGUGUGGGCACACCACGUAGCCCACAUAAACAGUGUGGGUACACCACUUAGCCCACCUCAACAGUGUGGGCGCAGCACGUAGCCCACCUCAACAGUGUGGG